AUGGCGGCGCUGACCUACUGCGCCGGCCGCUCGAUGCCGCGGUCACGAUUGUUGGCGGCGCGCGAGGAGUCGGUGACCCGGAGCGGGCGUGUCCGCGCGGAUGGUGUUCCGGAGAGCGUGAAGCGCGGCGACAUGCGGUGGGGGCGGCGUAGGACGGCGGCGGCGUUGCUGGCGGCGGCCGCGGUGCUCGCCGCCUGCUGCCUGCUGACGGCCCGCCACCGGCCCGCCCCCGGCGGCGGCGGCGCGGUGCUCCGCUGGGAUCUGCCUCCCGAGGACGUCCGCAGAUACCUGAAGGAGGCCGAGGCGGACAACGCCGUCAGGCUGAGGACCAUCCGGGACACGUGUCGCCGGCACAACCUGGGUCUGCACAGACACUCCGCCCAGCCCCCUACCUUCAAGCACCCGCCGACGCCGCAGUACGCCGUGUUCUACAUCGACAGGACACACAAGCUGUCGUGGUGCCCCGUCUACAAGGCGGGCUCCACCACCUUCCUGUACAACCUGCUGCGGCUGGCGGGCUUCCCCGACUCCUACCUGCGGGCCGGCACGAGGCAGCUGAGCGACCUGGCGCGCGACGUCUACCCCGAGCUCGAGGCCCCCGACGCUGAGCAGGCGCUGCACAGCACGCUGAAGCUGCUGGUGGUGCGCCACCCCUUCGAGCGCCUGCUGGCGGCGUACCGCGACAAGCUGGAGAACUCGAGCACCGGCCGGGAGCACGGUACCCUGCACUACUACCGCCGGUACGGCCGCCGCGUGGUCAGCAGGUACCGCAAGGGCGGCAACGCCACCAGGACGUGGGACCUGCUGCGCGCCGACCAGUACCUGUGGCCGGCGGGCGGGCCGCGGGCCGCGGGCGUGGAGCCCACCUUCCUCGAGUUCGUCAGGUACCUGACGGACACGGAUGUGGUGCUGCACUCGGACGACCACUGGAUCCCCUACUACCUGUACUGCACGCCGUGCCUGGUGGACUAUGACAUAGUGGCCAAGGUGGAGACCCUGCUGCGCGACCAGGUGUACUUCAUACACUCGGCGCACCUGCAGGCCCACAUCCAGCCACGCUGGGAGCACAGGUCCGGAGGGGGAGACGUCGCCAGGCGCUACUUCUCCCAGCUGACCCGCUCCCUGGUCGAGAAACUGCACGACAAGUACCGGCUGGACUUCGAGCUGUUUGGCUACAGCGCCAACGAGUACCUCGACCUCGCAGCUGCCGACUGAACGCCUUCGGCCUCCGAGUUCAACCGUGGUCUCUCAUGCCAAUAUUCUUUACAUGAAUUUCCGACAGUGGUCGCUGAAGAUUCAACACCGACUAAAACUCGUAAACAUUGAAAACCCACAACGUUGAAGCAAAAUAUAUCUUAGUGGAGCAGACGUUUCCCGUGGUGGUUACGUAUGACUCGCCCGGUUGACAUUUGCAGUAGGCGGGGAGCCAUCGAGUUGAACACAAUAAGAGCUGUAACCCCAAAAGUAACACACCGAUUUGCAUGUUUUUAAACUUUUAAGUUGCUCGUGAGUGAGCACUGAGUGGUGCUAGUUGAAUGGAAUAACAAUAAAGUUAGUAACUUUAAUAUGCGGAAUCAGUUGAGCCAGUGGCAGUGAUCGAUGGGACGAGUUUGUCGCGGUUUCGUGUGUCGCAAUUUUUUUUGUGUCGCUAUUUUUCUGGCGAGGCCGCCCGAUCGUCAAGUAAGACAUUCAUCAAAUUCAUGUCAAAAAAUAUAGCAAAAUAAAUUUGUUAAAUUAUUUUAUUUAUUUCAUACACAACAUACACGUUCAGUGCGAUGGAUAUGCAUGAAACGAACCCUUGGUUGCUGUUGCCCAAGAUACAGCCCACCCAGAUAUUUUUUUUCUCAACAUCGCUAUAAAUUAAGGACUGUUUCUGUUAAUUUAAUAAUGUGCUUCUCUUGCAUUCAUUGUUCUGUCACAAAUAAUUCCGAGAGAUAAUUUCUAAGUGUAAAUGUAACUGCUGUAGAUCACGGACGUCCCAGAGGGAUGUAGACGGGACUUGUGCCUGGGGUGCCAAAACGGGUGGUCGCUAAACUGGCAGAGUCACUUUAACUAUACACAUUUACUUGAAUAUCCUUAGUGUUAGAACACAAACAUUGUUGGAGGGUAGAUAAACUGAAUUAUUUGUAUUGAAAUAUAAAUACAUGUACAUCGUAAAAUUUAUUUUUAUAAACUGGUAUUUCUCGCGUUAAAUCCAACUUGCGAUGUAUUAAACAUUAAAUGCCUGCAAAUAAAUCUAUUCAUUAACCAUCAAAGUUAAAUCACAAACAUAUAUAAUAGUGUAGUGGAAUUAAUAUGUGGUAGCGAUAUGAGGUGUUGUCGUUAAAGGAUUUGGUUGGUUUAAAUAAAAGGGGGGGAGUGGCGACAAUGUGAGAUCUAGUCCCAGGUGAAUACUAAUCUAGUUAUGUCCCUGAUGUAGCUAUAAAAUCAAUCAAGUCUUAAUAAAUUACCAACACUUGCACAACAUUUAACACCUUUUAUAUAACUCAUAUUAAAUAUAUGUUGAUAUUAUAUGUGACAGAACAACAAAUGAAAGAGAUUUUUGGUGUUAAAUUUAUUGAAAUAGCCUUUAACUAUUAGUAAUGACGAGAAAAUAAAAAAAAAUCAGCAUGGCAUGUAGAGAUAGCAAGAUAAAUCGUGAAAAUUGAAAAUUUACUCGCUUAAAGUGUUCUUUAUAUUGUCAAAUGUAUAUCUGCCAUCGAAUCAUGCCUUACAGCAUUAUAUGACAUGUUUUUUAAUGUAGGUACAUUAAAUAAAAGCAAAUAAUAAACUAGUUUUGAAGGCA